CCAUAUUGUAAUAUGGACGUGGGUUCGUGAUUCACUUUUCAAAUCCAUCUGCUCACAUACGGCUGCACCUGGCUUUCGCUCAGUUUUAACGGGUCUUACUUCUGGUUACUUAAAGUUACCGAAGACAGGGCGCCAACCAUUGCCAAAAUUGAUGAAAAGAAUGGCAAGCACGACUUCUCCUGUUUAUGCCGAUAAAAAUAUCUCCGCGGAGAAAUCGGGGAUUUUUACACCUACCCUGAACAUGAUGGGAUGGCAGCAGAAUGCACUAGAUGAGUAUUUGACAGAAUUCGUUAACAAAUCUCGCAAUUUCACCCGACCGGUUGCCGAUGUGGGAUGUGCCUAUGGCUUUGUGACGAAGAAGUUGCUGGACGAAGGCUUAACUGUUAUUGCCAAUGACCUCGAGAAGGAACACCUGUCACAGCUGUGGAAUGAACUAUCACCGGAGCAGCAGUCGCGAUUGAAAUGCCAUCCCGGCAGCGUACUGGAUGUGGAACUGCCUGCUGGUUCUCUGGACGGUGUAGUAGCAGCUAGAUUACUACAGUUUUUCACCACAGAGGCUGUCAGGAAGUCCUGUGAUUUAUUCUAUUCCUGGUUGGCGCCGGGAGGGUAUUUAUGCAUCACCAACACUUCCCCGUACCGCGGCACAACCGAUGAUUUUAUUGCGCAGUAUGAGAAGAAUAAAGCCGAUGGAAUGGAAUGGCCGGGGAUUACGACGACAGAUUCCUUGGAUAAAAACCGACAGAAGCGAAUUGUUGUUGCGCAGACCGGCUACCGUUUCGAUCCCGAAGUUUUAGCACGGGAAGCGCGUCGAGUGGGCUUUAAAGUGUUAAAGUGCUCCUACUACUCCACACCGUUUCUGCCCGAUGAAUUUCGCUCGGCGGAUGGAGUGCGAGAUGCAAUUGGAUUGAUGGCUGUUAAAGAGUAACAGUUGGCGCACUUUGUUCCGUGGGCAAUUACAUAAUGUGUGUGAACUGCAAUAGACCAAUGUGUCUUCUUUCAAGGUUACCCGGUGCUUGAAUUUGUCUAAUUGGCUGUGCGUUGAAUAAAGUGUUUUUGACGCAGAGAUAAUGGUUGGUCAAUAUGACAGAACCUUGAUGUUCUUAAUAAAAUUAUUUAUGGUGUAUACUUUGUUUGUAUUGUGUGAUUGAUAGUUGCGUUGUUUAGAGUUGUGCAAAAUAGUACAAUUCGUCAGGGUAUUUUUUAACUUAAGAUUUCUCCACAUUUUAUGCAC